CGUUAUUGAUUCUUGCCACUUCCUUGUAGCUACAAACACUAGACAGGUUGUGGCAAGCUGAGGCGGGAACACUUUUCCUUCAGAUUCUUCGCAAUUGCAUCACUCUCAGAAUUAAAUCGAGAGGACGGCUCCAGACAAAAUGCUUUUGGAUGAUUCAGCUCUUGUGACAGCCAUGGAAGAAGCCAUGUUGAAGUACAAGAUAAUGCAUGGACAUGAAAUCUUCCAGAUUUCAGUCGAGGGAGGAGAAGCGUUUAACGGUGGCGGUGAGAGUGACGAGCCAAAAAGGGGUGGAGAUGAAAAGAGCAAUAUUGAAGCAAAUAAUGUUAACUUUGAAGUCGAUGAGAUUACAAAUACCUCACCAAAUAAUGAAAAUAUCAGCGUAGAGCCAUGUCCUAUAUCUUGUGCGGAUUUUUCUGAUGCUCUACAUGUGAAAGAGACGCAACAGGGUCCCAUUGAGGACUCCAAUUUAAAUCUAAAAGGUGCAGAGGGCUAUAACAAGCUACUUGAGCAGUAUUAUGAGCUUGAGGAGAAGAGGCAGAAGGUUCUAGACCAGCUUUAUCAUGGUGGUUGGAAUUAUGACGAUGUCAGUGCAGGAUCUAGCGUCGGAACUCAAUGGGGAACAUCUUCUGCUUAUCAAGAACACCCAGUCCCUGCAAGCCAAACUUCUCAUAACCAUGCAAUUUCCACCUGUUGGCCCUCCAGUUAUCCAAUUCCAGUUGGUCCUCAAAGUUCGUCCCUUGCUGAUGGUGACAUUAUCAAAACUGCAAUGGAUGCUGCAGCAAGAGCUAUAUCCUCCAUGACAACAAAAAUUCCAGGUGAUUUUGAUGUAAAUAAAGAGAAAGUGAGUGAAAGACGUGAUGGAAUAAUGCCUCAAAGUGCUAGCUCUGAAACAGACCUUGCUGCCGUUUUCAAUGCUUGGUAUUCUGCAGGCUUCUACACUGAUACCUUGUGGAGCAAUCUUAUGCCAAGAAAUAGCAAAAGCAAAUCUUAUGCCAAGAGAAAUCAAAACCAAGCUUUCACAUGCCUAGCUCAUGUUACUAAAAUUUCCCCCUUUCUUCACACCCCAUGGCAUUUGUUAUGCUACAACUCUAAAAUAUUUUUCAUUGAACUUUGCUUGUACAGUGGGAAGCCAGCUUUGAUCCAAAUGAAUUUUAACUUUGCAGUAUUUUUUUUUUCUUUUUCAUAUUGGGUUUAAUUUUUGAAAUUCUAUUCAUCCGCCCAUGAUCGCAAUCGCGUGCCAGAGCAGAGUUCUACCAACUGAA